UAUAUACAUAUUAAUAUGAGAUUUCCUUUAAAUUGCAGAAGUAAAACAGGCCGCAUCAAGAGUGAAUUCAGGCAUGAUAUUUGUGCCCUGAAUGCUGAUGUUGAUUUGGAUACAGCUGGUCCAAUUGUAUUAGCUUCUACCGUACUUGGCUACAAUGGCUGGCUUGUGGGUUAUCAGUUACGAUUUGACUCUCAAAAAUCUAAGAUUACAAAAAAUAACAUUGCACUGGGCUAUUCCUCUGGGGACUUCAUCCUUCAUACGAAUGUGAAUGAUGGUCAGGAAUUUGGUGGAUCCAUAUACCAAAAAGUGAGUCCCAAACUGGACACUGCUAUCGAUUUAAAUUGGACUGCAGGAUCAAAUGAGACCAGAUUUGGCAUUGGCUGCAAAUAUGAGUUGGAUAAGGAGGCUUCAGUUAGAGCCAAGGUCAACAAUCUGAGUCAGAUUGGUCUUGGUUAUCAGCAAAAGCUCCGUGAAGGUAGGAUCCAGGUUAUAAGUUUGCAUGAAUAAUUGAUAUAGUCCAUU